AUCACCCGACAUUUUUCAUCUCCGCUAAAAUUUAAAAUUAGUGGUCUAAACGCAAAAUUCAAAAUUAGUAACCUUUCUUAUCCUAUUCAAACUUCCAACAAAAUUGGACUUGCCAAGUAAAUAACUUAGUCCCCAAAAGACAAAAACCAAUCAUCCAUCUACCUAUAUAUAUAUCCACAAUCACUACUCUUUUCAAUAACCAAAAAAGUAAUCAUCACAAAUGGACAACAACAAAGCAAACACAGUAGCAUCACUUAUGUCAGUGAAACAAAAAUCUGGCAAGACAUUUAGUCAGUUAGCGGAAGAAACUGGUCUUACAAAUGUCUAUGUUGCUCAGCUUUUGAGAAGACAAGCUCAACUUAAACCUGAAACUGUCCCAAAGCUGAAAGCUGCACUGCCCCUUUUGUCUGAUGAACAAAUUCAUGAAAUGAUGAAGGCACCCUUGAGGUCUUAUGACCCUAAUUUGAUUCAAGAUCCCACUGUUUAUAGAUUGAAUGAGGCUAUCAUGCACUUUGGUGAGAGUAUCAAGGAAAUUAUUAACGAAGAAUUUGGUGAUGGCAUCAUGUCAGCAAUAGACUUUUUCUGCUCAGUUGAUAAAGUCAAAGGCGUGGAUGGGAAGGAUCGGGUUGUCGUGACAUUCGAUGGGAAGUAUCUGCCACACACUGAGCAUAAAACUGAGCAUAUGGUGUCAAGGUUAAUGCGAAAGGAAUAAGCUCGGUUACUAUAAUCAUUUCUGUUGCAAUCUGUUGCUCUUUUUCACCAAUAAGACUGAUUAUGUACUUGUACAAACACUUGUUUUCUUUUUUCACUCAUCUGUUCGCGACAUGGCUUGAAUAAUACUCACUCAUUCGUCGAGUUUUGAAAUGUCAAAUCCCAAGAUGUGGUAUUUUGAGUUGCCAA